UUGUUUUGCUUGAACGACCAUUCGAGUAGUUAGUGUAAGCUGUAUAGGGCGCUCGUUUACGUUGUCGGGAUACCAAGCUGCUACCUAUCUUGGGGUGGCUGGCAUAAGUACAUAGAUACACAAGACAGUCACGGCUAUCCAGUAUUCUUCCCAUUGUUAUUAUUUACUCUUGCUGAAUUUCGGCAGUUAUGGUGUUCUGACGUGUUUAUUACUAUCCUUAGAAUUGACGCCUCCAUGUUUUAACUUUUGAUAAUUCACGAAACAUUGCUCUGUUUUCUCAUUUUGAGCAACGUAAUUUCGGCAUUAACUGCAAAAAUGUCAGCGUUGCCCUUUCCAGUAGGACAAAUCGUUUGGGCAAAGAUCAAAGGUUAUAACCGCUGGCCGGCGUGUGUUGAAACGCCACCGGAGAAUGCCAGAAACCGAGGCGUUUACGUGCAAUUUUUUGGAACCGAUAAACCGGGGCAAUUCGGUUGGGUUCCUAAAGGCGGACUAGAGCCAUUCACAGUGGGCGAUCAGUCCAUGAGAGAGCUGUCCAACACGCAGCUGCAGGCAUGCGUGAAACUGGCUGCGUUAAAAAAAAACGGGAAUACUGUCGCUCCUCCAGUCGUGCCUCCGACUCCACAAUGCGUGGUUGACACUGUGCAAGUACAAGGGGAAACUCAAGCCCAAUCAGUUCUGGCGUCCGAGCUCAACCAGACUCCAGCUUUUAUGAAUGUCAGUGCAACUGAUUCCUUAUCUAUUGCCACAAUAUCGCCGGCCGCUGAAGUAAGCACUCCGGAUCUGUCGCACAAUUAUUCAUUCCGCGGCGACGAAGUUUCGGCAAUUUCUGAACAGGAUGUAAUUUCUGAAGUGUCAGGCAGUACAACCGGACGAAACAAGGGGAUUAUUCCCCUAGAUGAAGUGGACAGCUGGAUUAGCGAUAAUUUCUUGCCUAGCGAGACAGCACAACUCAAAAGUGACCUGAUUUGGCAGUUCUUUGAGAGAUUUUGCGCAAGCAAAAAUUAUGUCCCAAUGCCGAACUUUCAAAAAAGCCUUGGCCGGCGAUUGUCGAAUCGGUUCAACGUAAGCGGGGGUUUCAACUGCGGAAACAAAAGUGCUAAGGGACAAAAAAGGUCCGGCAUUAAGUUGUCCGAAAAAGGAACUGCUGCGUUUGAAAGUUUGACUGGGCAUAAUGUGAAGAAAAUUAUAGUACGCUAUUAAAGUACCGUUUUAU